AGAAAAUGGCGGAAAACAGCUUGAAUCUUUUAGUAACAUCUUGGAGAAAAUUCGCAAGUAGUUAGAAUUACGGGUGAACCUCCAGCGAGGUUCAAGAAUGCCUAAACCUGAAAAUAGUAAGAAACGGAAGAGAGAAAACAAGAAAGAUGAAGAUCUCACCAGGAAAAAGGGAAAAUCGAAAGGAAACGAUGAACAGACUAAUCCUAGAUUAGAGGUGGACAGCAACAAUGUCGCCAAUCUACCUUAUGAAGAACAGCAACAGAUUGAUGAUAUAGAUGAACAGUUGGAGGAAAAUGCGGCUAGGAACAAGUUAACAACGAUUAACGUGAAGAGUAUUUUGCACGUAAGACUUUUGUUGUGUGAUGUUUUAGGCACUGAAUAGUACGUAUGGUGUUUGUAAUCAGCCCCGACACUUUCUCCAUGUACAUGUGCUACGAUGAGUUUCUUUCAAUGUUUUCGUUUAAGAUACCUUUUCUGUUAAGUGAAAAUACUGAAAAAAUUGGUGCUUGGGGCAAUUUGUUCCAAAGAAGAUUAAGAACCUUUAACUACCAUUUAUUGUAUUUAUUGUCCAUUCAAACUUAAAUUAAAUUUUAUGACAGCUGUUGUAUGAGCAGUUUGAAUAAAUGUAACAUUGUGACCUUCAAGGUGGAAUAAGUUACCCUUACUGAGAUAUAAACAAUUUUCUCUGAUUCUCGAAAUUCUCUCAUCUGGUUGGUUUUUAUAUUCAUACAUCUACAGCAUGUUGUAUCAGACAAGAGAGUGCUUGCAAUGGUGAAAAGCGUGGCUGGUGAAUUUGAGAAGGAGGAGAAUGAAGUUACUCCAGGCAGUACUCCUGGAAACCCUGAUAUAGAGCUGGAUUUUGUAAGAAUUUGAAUUAAAUUUUUGUAAUAGAUAAGAAAAAUGUCAAAUUUUGUGCUUGAGAUUGUAAUCUUUUGGUCUUAACAUGGGAUAAAAUAAAAGGUCUGCUUUUUAUUGCAUGUGAGGAAUCACACCUUUAGGUUUUGGACUACAUGCUUCCAUGCUCUUCCCCUGAGCUACAGAGAGCUCUAUAGUAUUUUCUUUUUCAGAUGGUAGCCUGUAUACAUGUAGUUUACUGCCUAUAGUAGUCCUCUUAUUACCACCUAAAAUCACUCAACAUUCCUGAACACUGGCUCCUUAAGUGACUCACAUUCUCAAUUAUCAAUUUUACUUACUCUGUCAUUUUUCUUUGAACAAUAUUCCGUUGCCCAUCCAAUGAGACAUGUACUGUUAAGUAGAAUUACGUUACUUUCUUCCUUCAUACCUACUACUUUUUAAUUAUUUUUAUCAGGAACCAAAAAUGACCAGGCUAAAGAGAAAACAGACAAACCAAGGUGAUCCAAUUGCUGUUUUGGUAAGAUAUUUGUUUAAAAUUUUAAAUGAAAAAGAUUUUUAGUAAAAAUUUUUUAUAUCAAGUACCAUCAACAAGCAAGACUAGAGGUCUUCAAAAUUAGUCUCUGAAAGCACCAAUUUAGUUAAUGAUUUUACACCACAAGAGUCAUUAGCUGAUCAAACUUUGCAAACACAUUUUAAGUUGAAAAGUUUGAGUUUUCUAAAUUUUGGAUAAAGAUUGCUUUACUUGUUUGGUUCUUACCUUUCCUAUUACACUCUACGUCAGGUUACAUAGUCUUUUUAACACUACAUCUGUACAUUUCUGAACUGUUUUUCAUACCCUGACAUGGAACAGUUAAGUAGCUCUGGAGAAUCAGAAUCAUGACUUACAUGUAGCAUGACCCUGCAUCUCUUUCAUAUUACUUCAUACACUUCUGUUACAGGCAUCCCAGUCACCCAUGAAAGACUUAAGAACACAGCAGAUAUCCAGAAAAAAGGUAUGAAAUACAAGUCUCAUAACACCUGCUGUAAGUAGAAUUAUUAUGGUUAUCGAGGUAUUUACAGGUGUAUGCAAUGAAAAAUCAAAUGCUCUUGAAAAAAUACUUAGGGGCAAAGAGACUUGUUAGAUACUUUUGGAAAUUUCAAGCAAACUUGUUGAGCAUUGCAGUCAAAGUCCUGUUUGCAAAUUUAAGAUAUUAGCAUUGUAAUAAAGGUAUCGUACAGUGAUUGUCCAAAGGGAGGUUAGAUUCUUUGUCCAUGGCAAUGUCAUGUUUUGAAAUGAAUUUAUUAGGUCAUAAUGGGUAAACACUCAUAAUAUUAAAAUAAUUGUUUUGAAAUAAUUGUUAUAACAAGGUUCUCAAUGAAAAACAGUUUAAAAUCAUUUUAACCUGAAUUCAAUAUUUAAUAUACAAUAGUGGAUAUGCAUUGAAUUAUCUCUUACCAUUAAAUUUAGAAAAAGAGUUUUGAGGUGUUAUUCUCCCUAAUGAGAUACAUUUUCCUUCAAUCAUUUCCAGUACCUGCAAGAUAAAAAGCAUCAACAGUGCAACAUUGUGAAAUAUUGGCCAGUCUUUAAGUUGUAAUCCUGUUCUAUGCAGCUCUAUAAAAGGGUUUUUUAUUUUUAAUUGAGCAAGUACACACUCGUCUGCAGAGCAGCCCCAUUUCAAACUACCCAAUUGUAUUCAACAAAUAGUUGGUUUAAAGCUGAUUGGUUGCUUAUAAUUAUUUUGUUUGGGUUUACAACAUGAUUGUGCUAUUUUAAUUCCAUGAAACAUUUGUCAGUUUUCUUUCUUUUUUUUUAAUUAUUUGUUUACAGGAGAUUCAUUUCACAGAGUUGGAACUUCCAGAUUCAUCAUCUGAUGAGGAAUACAAUCCAGAGGAGGAAGAGGUAAUUGAUAAAAGUGCAUUUAUAUGUACAAUCUGCAAUAAAUGUGUAGAUGUGUAGAGAUAAGUUCUUUUCUGGUGCAGGAUUCUUGCACCAAUAUAAGCACCACUCAAAUCCUGUCUAGUGGUUUAUAGGCAUAAUGACCUACAAAAAUGUUUUAAUUCAAACUUUUGCAUGUUCUUAUGACAUUCCACAUAGGUUUUACAAAGUAAACCAAAAGAAAGAGUCAUCUGUUGAUUUGUCGAUUUUCUUUCUUUUUUUUUUUUGCAGGAUGGAAGUGAUGAAGACACGGAAAGCUGUGUAUCUUUUACAAGGUAAUACUUCACAUGUUUAUCCUAUUGCCUAUCUUCUUGAUAAUUGUCUGGAGGACUUUUGCACAUGUUUAUGGCUGGAAAAUUAUAGGGGGUUGCUUAUCAAUAACCAAAAGCAGCUUCUCCUGGUUGUCAGCAUGUGGUCAAUUCUGACCCUUUCACUCUCAGGAUCAAAGUGUUUAUUCUUAGCACUGUCUAGCAUUUAUUGUUGAAAAAUUCCAUUUCAAUCAACCUUGGGAAUAAAAGGGCUAAAACAGGUACAUCAGAAUACUCUGAGUCAUAUUCAGUGACAUGUUCUAACUGCCUUGAAGGAGUCUGCAAAAUAAUUAUUUACUGAGGGGAAAAUAUACUGAUUAGUUAAUUCAUAAUAAAAAUAAUGAUAGUAAUAAUAUUAUUGUCAAAUUAUUGUUAUGGAUGAUAAUUAUAUUACUGUAGCCAAGUUGGAAACAGGAUGGCCAAGAAUAGAAUAGAUUUUAAAGUGACGAAAAAAAAACUUGAGAAAUUUAAAUAGGAUUAAAAAAACAUUAUCAGUUGUAGCUUUAGAAAGUUGUUUGUUAUCUUUAUUUUUUAGUGACAUUGCCUCACCUCAGUUACCAAGCACACCAGAAAGGCAAAAAACAGAUGAUACAAAGGACAAUAACAAACAAUCAGGGAAAACAGGUAACACUUUUUAACUUUAUACUGAAAGUAUAAAUCAUAACUUAACACCAAGUUGUAUGAAGUUAAACAAGUUUGAAUUUAUGCAAUAAUUCCAUGAAUGAUAUGAUUGUUGGUGGCUUUUUUAGAAGGUGGACACACAAAAACUUUUUUCAUUUACUAAUAACAACUUGUCCCUUUGUGUGUGGUUGUUUUAUUACCCUCACUAACUCUGAUGCCAACCAUGUAUAUUCCUUUUCCAUAUCAGUGACAAGAUCACUAAGUAAAAAGCUUUCAGAGGAACCAUUCAAAGUUCCUUAUCCAGUGGCAGCAACUAACUCAGCUCCACCUGAUGAAGUAUGUGAUUCUGUUGGACUUAUAAACAUAAUUUUUUUCACUGUAUUUAUAUGUACACUGUAGGUCAAAAUUGUACAUGUAACACUGAUUUUAUUGUCCAGCUCUAUCUGCUGAGGCAAUCCUUAAUUCUAUACACGUGAACAGCAGGGUGAAAUAGAUAUUUUACAAUCAUGUUUAGAAAUUUGAUUUAAAGUAUGCAUACCACUCCUUUUGCUUAAAUACUAGAUGAAGGUAGAUGAAUUAUAAGGAAGAUUAAAUCAGGUCAUUGUAGCUGUUUUCCUAACUGGAUGUGGGGAACCUAAGGGAGGUUUAUAGGGGCAUUGUCAAGUACUUUUGCUAACUUGCAUGGAGGUGAGCUGUGAUUUGGUUGCUUUGGCAGCCUUCUUUUUGCAGAGGAGAUUGUUGCCCUAACCCCCCCAUCUCCUCUAUCACUUUUCAAUCACAACUCUGUCACUUUUGGUGCUAACCCUGGCUUGGUUCAAUUUUUAUAUGACAUACAUGAAGGCCUAAGCUAUCCAUUUUUGGACGUUAGUCAACUGUUUUAAAUUUUUUGUCAUCCAUUUAAGCGGUUAUGGAAACCGUUUAAAUGCUUGAGUUAGCUGUUUGGUACCCAUUUAAAACCAUUUUUCUAGACCAUUCAACAGAAAAGCAUUUAUGUCUGUUUUCCCAUGGAGGGUCACAUGUAACCACAUGGGCUAAGGGAAAAUUAAGGAUUAAUUUUGCAUGAAAUUUGCAUGAAAUUUGCAUGAAAAUUCAUGCAUGAAAUUCCAAGUGAAAUUAAUCCUUAAUUGCUCGAGGACACUUACGAUGAAGCCCUUUCAAAUGCCACCACAAAUGUCAAACAAACAUAACUGACUAAUAGAUUCAAUGAACAUUUUAUUCUCAAAAUACAGUUUACAACAUUACACAGCUUUAUUCAGUUAAAUUACAAUCAAUGAAUUAUGCCUUCUGUCUCACUGAAUCAGCAUUCAGUAAUUUUGUGAUAAGUUGUGUUGCCAGCCAAGUUUACUUUCUUUCUCUUCCUUCUGUCUCAAGGAGAUUAUUGUUUUGGAAGAAGGUGACUUGAUAGCCAAAAGAACUCGCUCCCAGCUCCCACUCGAGGACAUCCCCCUUGAAAAAAUUGAAGGUAAUGCGUUAGGGCUGAAUUUGCUCAUUUGAAUGUCUUGUUCAGUUAACAGAGACUGAUUGACUGAUGGUCUUCUGUUGUCAUUGACAGCGACAUUUCAGCCACCAGACUUCACUGCUGAUAUGUAUGACACAAUCAAGGAAGAUGAUUUGGACUUUGAAGAUAUAGAAUGGCAGAAAUGGCUUCAAGGACUAAUAAACUCAGGUACAGUUCCUAUACAUGCCAGUUGUGUUUCUCAAAAUACAAACUUAAAUGUAUGUUUACAUGGAGUACUUUUAUUAGUUUCAAAUAAAUACUUAGGCUUUGAGCACCGGCCAGAAACUUUUGGCAUGUUCUCUAUGUGAAUGUGCUUGUCCUGUUUGGAAUCUGCAUGAAACAAAUCCUUUUGACAAGCUCAAAAUUGUCCAAUGUAUUGUAACAAGAAGGAGCCUGGUAAAUGUGGAAAGGCUUAAAUCUCCUUUUUAACCUUUGUCAAUUCUUCAUGCAAAAUUCUGAGUUUAGUUUAAUAACAUCUUAUAGAUAUGAAGGGGAUGUGCCUGUCAAUUAUGCAUUUAUUUGAUUGAAGAUCUUUCCCAGUUUAAAGCAAAGCAGGACCAUUUUCAGGCUUUUAGGACAGCUCUUUUUUGUGCCAUAAUGUUAUCAAUCCCAGACCAGAGAAGUGAAUGUUUGGGAAAGGGAGAAUGAGUGGGUGUUAUCAGUAGAAGAGGUCAAAAACAACAUUUAUGAUGUUUUUGUUUUUCUUUCCAUUUUAAUUUCCCAGAUGAAGUCUGUGGUGAAGAGGAUCAUGAAGACUCUGAAUACAACUUUAUGGCUGAAGAUCAAAAAGAAGAAAAAGAGGAAUAUAGAAAUGACAGGGCUGUCAGAAUUCCGCGUAAGUGAUGUUCAAGCUUCUCCCUUCAUAAACCUUCCUUUAAAUUUGUUUAAUUGAAAAUAAAAUGAAAAAAAAGUACUGAGUUAUUGGAAGAUGGGCAGGAAGACUUAAAUAGAUGACUGAAAUAAAUGACUUAAAGAAGAGGGGAUAGAAUGUUUUCUUACUCAUUUUCACCAUGGUUCAUACAAUUUGGUUUGUUAAAGGAAAACAUUAGAAUUGGAGCAAUUUAUUAAAUAGUAGUAAGUAAAGGUAAUAGGACUUAGUGGAGUCCAAUUCAGUCUGUAAUCAUACUAUUGAUAACAAAAUCAGAUGACCACAAAGCUGGAGUCCAAUUUGUUUAUCACAAGUAUGAUUACAGAUAAAAUUGGACAACACAAAGUCUUGGUACCAAUUUAUCAUAAAAAUUGCAAUUUCUGAGAAAAGAGGAAUAGCCAAGUUCUGAAAGAAAGGGAAAAUUUGCAUUAAAAGACUGACAAAGGAGGUGUUAAUUGUUUAAUAGUUGUGAUUGGUUGAUUUAAACUACAACUUUAAUGGGAUUGGCUCAUUGAACUGUCCAAUAACAAACUGUGUGAUAAAAGUUCGUGGGAAGUGAAUAAGUGGAAAAUAGGAGUUUUUAAAACCAAUCAAAACUGAGGAAAUUGUGAUUUUUAUGAUUGAAAAUGAGAUUCAUUGCACCAAGGUUAAGUUAUCUGAAAUCUAGCUUGUCGUGGAUAUAUCUAGUAGGAAAGAGGAUAUGAAAACUUGUCUGCCUAGCAAGGAAUUUUACUUGCCCAGGGUAAUCACUUAAUAGAUUUUUUUUUUAAACCUUGUUCAAGAGUAUAUACAUAGCAGGAUCCUCAGAAUUAUUAAAACACAUAGGAAUAGAAGUCUUCAUUUUCUUUAUUUUGUUAAAAUGUUGAUUUUUAAAUGUUAGUGCAUGUGUUUUGGUGAUUUUCAGAGAAGGAAGUGAAUGAACUACUUGAAGAAUUGCUGAAAGAUGUGAGUAAACAAGUCAUGUAAUAUUGUAGUGCUCUAACAGGAAAAUUAUCAGUGACUUGAAAACAGCUGUGUGAUAUGUUACUAGCCAGGCCUGUAAAGUGUUUUAACUGUUGUUAUUGGCAUUGAUACCAUAAAUUAAAGGAGUGGUGGAGCUCACUGUUAUUUAUUGGAGUUGUGCUGUGUUUUCAUUUAAAUCAUGAAUUCAUUUAAAAUGGCAAAAUGGAAACAAUCUUCUCUUCAACAAAUAGACUCUAUGUGGCCAUGUUUCAGUGCAGAAAUAGAUCACAGAUGACAUCAAGAUGUAGUAAAAACAAAAAAGUGGCCAUAAGGAGCAGCCGAGUUUGACACUGAUCAUCUUACCACAUUUUGACCUCAUCUGUGAUCUGUUAUGCUACAGUUUCACACCUAAAUGGAAUCUAUUUGCUUUAUCUAAUGAAAUGCAAAAUGUUGUUAAUGGUGAAGUCUUGUAUGGGUCUGUUCUCCAGCAGAUCAUAAGUACAAACCAAUUAAAGCAGGUGUAUAAUUCAGCUUAUCCUACAAUGAUUUAUACCCCAUUCUUUUAUGGACUUUCUAUGUGCCAAUUCAUUUACUCCUUAAAAGUCAGGACACAUCUCCUUGAUUCACUUGACUAUGCAUUCAGAGAGGAUGUAGUUUUUUUUUUUUUUUUUCUUCUUUGAAUGUAUAGUAUGACGAAUUUGAAGAUGUACGGUGUUUAGAUGAGGAGGGUAAAGAUAUCAGUUACCUGGAACUGCUCAACGUCAGGUGAGUUUCAAUUCUGACAUCAUUCUCUACCAAUAUCAUUUAGUGCAUUCUUAUCUUCCUUUUGAUUGGUGAAGAGCUCCUCGCGUGAACUGCCUUUAAACAACGUUCUGGUAAUUUGUAACAUCAUCAGUGUUUUGGUGAAAUGAAAUUUUGUUCAUGAGUAGUAUUUUCUACCCUUUUCUUCUUUGCUACCCUAAGCAAUCUGCCAUCUCUUAAUACUGCACUGAGAUAUAAUUUUUGAUUCAUAUUUGAAAUUAUUGAAUAUCUACAGGUCCUCCAUUGAGGAAAAUGUGAAACUACUCAAUACUCAACAGUUGGAGAGACUCACCGAACAACUGCAACAGGUAGGCUCCGUUAUCAUGCUACUAUUACAUCUUGUGGAGCCAGGCUGGAGAGGCAAGGUCACUCAAUUUUCCGGCAAAUAUUAUGGGUUCACGCAGUCAGGACUGCUUCGGUUGUUUGGUGGCAAAAUCAGAAGAGAAGCAACUUUGCAGAAAGGCAUUCUUUCUUCGGCUCAACGGUAUAUUUCUAGUGCUCUAGACUAUGCUUUUAGCAGAGUAAUUUAGCUUUCUCAACUGAGUUGUUAACGUAACUUAGUCACCGUAAAGAGUUUCCAAGCUGACGUUUCGAGCGUUAGCCCUUCGCCAUUCGCUCUGACUAAGGGCUAAUACUCCAAACGUCAGCUUUGAAACUCUUUACGACGGCCAAUUUACCUCAUCAACUCAGUUGAUAAUACUAAAUUACCAUGUUACACUCUCCCACCGAUAUAGCACCUCAGUUUCUUUAGAAACUUAUCCCAUUUAUGUUCCUAGCAGUCUUGAUGCAGUCUUUAGGUGGCCAAUAUGUAAGUCGUGACUGAAUGGUGUCGAUAAGGUGCAAUCUACAAAUAGCUUCUGCGGCAUAUCUAACCUUCGUGAGGAUACUUCCCAACCCCUCCCUCUCCCCCCUCCUUUGAUUCCACAGAAUCCAGUUCAAGACAACCCUAAUGGGUUUUUAUACAAAUAAAGAGAAUUUUAACAGUUUGUGAACAAUGAUUAAAGUGAGUAGUCAUAGUAUUUCUUUUCCCUCUGGGCCAUGGCUCUGGUGGGAAAAAUAUGCAAAAGUUUGCUGUAACAAUUUACUCUCAAUUUCCUUUUUUUUUUUGAAGCAUUUGCAACUCCUGACACAGAUAAACCUGAUGGCCCGAGAAGACGAGAGCCUGCAUAAAGAGGCUGAGCUAACUCGCGAGUAUGUCAACGAACUAAAAAGUUUCCAAGACAGAGCAUCCAAUGCACAGCUCAUCAGAGGACUAGGGGAUGGUGUUGUACAUAACUCAGCAUUUACCUUCUCAGGACUGGAGGAAGCUGUUGAGUAAGGCAUUUAGUUUAAGCCUUUACCUCUUAAAAGUGGUCAUAUAUUCCUUGUUAGGUGCCAAGGGCAGCCAGUACUAAGCUUUUAAUAAGCCUGAAUGUGAAUGUGCAUGUAAUUGUGGUAGUGUAGAUCUUCGUGGUAAAUACGGUAUAAAUGUAAAUAAUGUAAAUACGGUAUAAAUACAGUAUGUAAAUACCUUACGGUAGUACGGCACGCCUUGGAUCAAAUAUCGGCUGAUGGUUGGAGUCAAAGGUCAGGUCAGGUCAGGUCGGGUUACGAAUCGGAAGGCCCUGGUUCGUGGAACUUUUCCUAGUUUCAGAAACAUGAAGUGAUUACUGAGGAGUACACCUACUCCCCUCUAUAGGAUGUCAGUCCAUUACAGAGUUAUACCCCAGCAUUUCCUGACCGGAGGCCAAAAUCUGCUGUGACACCGUUACCUGGAGCCCCUGUUCUUCAAAUACCCGACAACUUAAAGUAGAUUUUUCCUAGCCGGGUCUCAUUCAAGAUACAGAGAUGAACGUUGUGCAAUUCAAAGAGUAAAUGCAUGGUGAACAUAACUUAGUAAUCAGGUCAGAACUCGAACCCGGUCCUUUGCAGCCAGUGUGAAGUGCACUGACCGCUGGGUCACUGCAGUUAUUUUAUACAAAUUUUUCUUAAGUGAGCAAGGGAUGGGUAAUGCGUUUAGGAAGAGUAAAGAGGAGGUUAAAGUAGUGAGGAACAUUUGGUUUUCAGAAAGGGAAAGUGUAACAUUUUGCAACCUGAGUUGUUGAUGUGAAGUAAAAUCAACUUUUUUCCUACUAUCUUCCGUAAGGAUUGCAGCAAUGAUAGUGAAAUGAACUCAACAUGUUAAUUGUUGCAGAAUUGUUAACAGCGCCUAUGUUACAAAGCGAAGAACCCCAAGUCCUCGAAAAUGUAACGUACCCAAAAAAGACGGCAAAGCUGCUGCCAAGAAAGCUAAACGCUCGAAACUUCUCACGGACGAUCUUCUCCCAUCGCCAUCGGAUACCAACAUCCAGAUGAUGGCCACUUUUAAAAGUGUGUUCCGUUUUAUUGAGCUUCUUCCUCAUCAUAACCUGUUACCAAGAACGGGUGACACGCCUAAGCAGCUGAAUGGACUCAGGGUGAAGUUCUCUGACGCUGAAGACAACCUUUUGGCUCUGGGUAUGAAGCAACAUGGUAAAAGGUGGGAGCUUAUCCAAGAACACCUGCUGCCAGUCAAGAGUCCUAAACAACUGCAGAUACGCUGCAAAAAUCUGCUGUCAGCCCGUGCUCCAGAGAACAUUGUCAAGUACUACCGUAGAAACAAAGUGCUGUGGGAAUUGCCAGUUAAAAUCAAAGUGUCUUCAGGUAAAACUGAGGGUCAUUCCGUAAUAAUGUUUUGCACAUCUUUGCUGCGCAUAUUUUCGCACGCAAAGCUCGACUUUUCUCAAAGUCUUGGCGACCUAAAUCAUAACAUGGACGCCAAGAAAAAACACUCGUUGAAACUCGUAGUAGAAGAAUGGCGAAUUUCUAACUUCUUGCGGGUAUGUUGUAGUUGGCAUGAUAAUCUCUCUGCGCAAGGUAGGUCGAACGUGGUUUGUGGAUCAUUGCUGUUAGACUCUUACUUAUCCUCGUUCCUUUCGGGAAAUUUCCAAUUGAAUGUCAAAGGUAUGCAACCCAACAGAACACAGUGACCCGGGCCGAGGCUGGAACCCAGACCUUUCAGUCCAUAGUCCAGCGCGCUAACCAUUGGGUCACGUCCUUUGCGUUUCCCAUAAUUCCACUAGUAACACUGACUGCAAUAUGAAUUGUUAGAAAUUAUUUUUUCAGAAUCUAGCAGCCGUCGACCGCGUGGGAGGGAGUCAAUGGAGCCUGAAUGGCUGAUUAAUUAUAAAAAGAAGCAGAAGGAGCGGCGUGAAAGUCAAGAAAGGAGAGAGGCCCUGGCCAUUCAGCAGAGCCUGGAGGGUGCAGCUUAUGGCCGACCAAUUGCACCUAAACUCACCGGAGGAACGUGUGCUUUGGCGUUGCCGACUGUCUCGCCUACUGGAGAGCAGGGGAAGGUGACUUGGGUGGCUGUACCAAGAAGUGUCAGCCCAUGGAAUGUAGUGACGCAAAUGAAACCACUUGAAGAUGUGUCUAAAGGUGGAGAUUCUUUGCCUGAACCCAACGUGAUAAGUGCUUGUACAUCUCCAGACGUUAGGUAGGUUGUGUAAUUGAUAAGAUCUAUUAUUCCUUUUAGUAUCCCAAGAGCUUUUCUGAGUAAAACAUUGUAGUAAUGAUUAGUGGAAGAUUUGUCUGUAUUCUUAACUGAUGGUUUUGUUUAGGUCGAGGAUGCGUUUGUCCUCACAUUUUUCAUGGUAGUUACCUCAUUGUUUCCGGUCUGAUAGAGCAUCGAGACUAGCGUGGAAUCACUUUUGUUCAAAGCCGUUGACCCACUAGGCGACUUUUUUCUUGCCGAUUGCGGCGGUCGGCGAAAUUAACCAAGUGCACGCGGUACAGAGAGAGCAUAGAGCUUCCCUUACCAGACAUACCAUAUAACGGCGAUUUUUAGACGCCUUGCCCGUUCCGGCGAUGUUCCAUCCAGUGAGAUUACUCAAGGUUUAGGAGUUACGACACUCAAUCAAAAGGCGUUCAACUACAGUGAAACCAUUCAUCUGAUGAUCCCAACUGAAAUGAGUAAUUUUGUUUGUGUCCGGGUUAUGUUUGGACUCUGUGCUUUUACUGCAAUUGACUCUUCAUUUAUUUUGGUCUUUUUCUACAAUCUCGUAGUCAGGUUGGUAUUACAUUUAUGUAUUUUAUCGAUUUUAUUGUAGUAUCUGCCAUGAGAGUGUCAGUCAAACAAUUGAGAAUCAUGCGCCAUCACCAGCUGUAACAGAAGAAGCAGAAGCCGCUGAUGAUGUCAUGAAAACCACCUCACCAGUGAACGAGGAAACUGUUGAACAAACACAAGGCAUAGCAGGACAAGGAACAAGUGUUCCUUCUGUAGAACGUGAUCUUCAGUCUGCGAGUAACACUACGAUUGUGAAAGAGACUAAUGAAAGUAACAAAGAGAAUGUCUUGAAGGAAUCAACGGAUAAGGCAAUUUCGGAGACUGCCACUAACAAGCCUGCUACAACGUCCAAGAACAAGACAUCGCGUGACAAAAACGGAGGUGGUGUGACUGGUAGUCGUGUGACGUCAAAGUCACACAUCUCUGGGUCUGAGAGCGGAGGAAAUUCAGUUGGAACGUCGCGUAAACCCACUCCAAAUUCACAAGCGAGCUUGGCGGGAAAUUAUAUUCUGGAACCUGAUCCAAAGGUAAAAAUAGCACAGAUAAUGUCGUGUUUACUUUGUAUACGUAAAUCUUCCAUGCAAGGGUUGCACGGGAAGAUUUACCAAUGGGAUGCUCGCACCAAAUAGUUCUCGUUUGAAAUUCUUCCUCAGUGUUUAUUUUAUCCCACAAUAGAUUUGUUCAAGAGAGCAACAGAUCGUAGGCGAGAACACUGAUGAUUUUUUUGGAGGUCUUUUAGCCGUGGAAUGAGCAGGAUGUACUUUUCUAUGUCCUAACUUAUGUGAGUUUUAUUUUCUUAUUAUUUCAGGUCAUAAACCGAGCACAUGCAUUUGCGGAAAACUUUUUAGCCAAAGUUAAGGUAAGAUUGAAAGGAUUUAGAAUCCUCAGUUUCAUACGACGUAUUCCUCUCACCCUUUACACUCUAACUUCAGUAUGCGUAUUCUCCAUAAUAUUCUCUAUAUAUUUUCCUAACCUGCUGACAAGGAGAAUUUGGUUAACAAUCAAGUACUUCUUUAUUUGGUGAUCAUCUCCUUUAUUCUCUUGACCUCAAUGUUCGAUUCAGGGGUGAUACUGAUGGGAGAAAUUAGAUGCUUAUCACUCUUAGGGGUUAAAGGGUUAAGCUUGAUUUUGAUAUCGCUUAUGAAGAAAAUGUCGCUGUCUUUGUAAUUUUUCUCCCAUACAACAGGCGAUAGAACUCUCUUCUUUGUUUAUUUUAGAAACAGCUCGUGGAUGAUUCUGCAACUUAUGAGGAAUUCCUUCGGACACUUGCGACGUCUUCUGCUGAGCAAUGUUCACCGGUCGAGGUAUGCUUCACUGCUCAUAGCUUAGCGGACAAAUAACCGUGAAGCACACAAAACUGCCAGUUGCGCAGGGUAUUCCAUAAUCAGUAUCAGUCUACAGUAGUGUGAAAUUGUUGAGCUGAAUUUUUUCCUGUCAUUUACUUUGUAAUGAAAAUAACCUGAAUUGAUCAGUAAAGGGAAAGGAUAUUGCUUGAAUCUAAGCAACAAUCAGCUUUCCUUCAUUUUUGCUUGAUUUUUCUCUUAUCGAUUUUUUCUUCCAGCUGUACAGGAGGAUUGAGGUAGUGCUGGCUCAGUAUCCGGGUCUUGUGGAGGAUUUUGUAGGAUUUCUAGAACCUCACCAAGCGGUGGAAGCAGGCGUGGUGAGUUAGAUGUUUGACUUUUACCGAAAAUUGACGACGUAGGCACGUCUUCGUUUAUGAACAGUGUCGUCUUCAUAGUUACAUGUAUGUUUCUUUAAGCUGCCAAGUGGGAGACAUUGUGCCCCAACAGUGAACGCGCCGGGUUCUGGGUCGAGAAGUCUGGGUUCGAGUCCUGGGAGGGUCGUUUGUAAGGUUCUAGGAAGGACACUUUCUUGUCACAGUGCCUCUCUUUACCCACGAGUGUUAAUGGUUACCGGCAAACUGUCAAGAUAACCUGACAAACUGUCAAAGUAACCUGGCAAACUUUCAAGGUAACCUGGCAAACAGUCAAGGUAAUCUGGCAAACUGUCAAAGUAACCUAGCAAACCGUUAAGGUAACCUGGCAAACCGUCAAGGUAACCUGGCAAACUGUCAGGGUAACCUCACUUGUAUAAAAGUAGUAUGGGCCACUUAGUUUGCGUGCACAACUUGUAGAUAUGAAGCGCACAUUCAAACUGACUAACAACGUUUUUCGUGUGUCGUUUCGACUUAUGACUAUUAUUUAUUCGCAUUGUAUUAUUUCCUUCUCAGUUUAUGGCAAACUCGGAGUUUGUGAGGGCCAGGACAUUCCUAAGGAAGUUAGAGGUAUCUCUUAAGUUAUAUUUUCCUUUCUUGUAAUUACAUCUUUGUUUUGAAAAUAAACCGAUCUUGUAAGUAGGAAUUUAUUUUUCGGUCUUUCUUAGGGACAUAAGGAUUGAAUAUUCUAAUUAAGUAUGAAAUAUAUUUUUUAAUUUAAAGGUGCACUUCCAGCGGAGUCCUUCACAGUUCAGGAAGAUCAUCAACGCUUUUGAUUCAUGGAAUAAGAAAUUAGUGAAAGAUCCUUUGGAGGUACAUCAGAGUAAACUAUUUUGCUUUGGAGAUAUAUUUAUUAACCAAACGUAGGCUACUUCGUCCAUGUAAAUUUUGUUUCAGUGUUCCACGUGUCUCUGCUGGCCAUCAUCGAAAGUCGCAGCAUUCGUAGAUUUUCAUAUCCCAUGUUUCUCUUUGGGGCUCCGACCCAGUCUCUGGCCCGCAAAAUUUUCAUGGUGCAACAAUCAACUCUGCUGUUUUCAUACCGUGUAUGAAUAAAAGCCUGUACAGAAGCAAAUCGCUGAUUGUUCUUCUUUUUUCCACGAUAUUGUAUGGACUUGCCCCUAUGUUGUGUCGUGUAAUAUGCAACCCGGUUAUUGUACACAGAGUAGAAGUGUCAUGCGAUGUUGUUUCUACCGUUUCAGUUACGGCAAAUCAUUAUUCCGAUGUUAAAAGGACAGGUCCACCUUAUUGAAGAAUUCUACUCCUUUUUUGAUGACUUGAAACCGCCCGUGUGGUAAGCGAUUGUAUGACCUUAUAUUUCUGUGUAGUAAGGGAUUGUAUGACCCUGUAUUUCCGUGUGAUAAGGGAUUGUAUGACCCUGUAUUUCCGUGUGAUAAGGGAUUGUAUGACCCUGUAUUUCCGUGUGAUAAGGGAUUGUAUGACCCUGUAUUUCCUAUUUUAGACAUAAAAAAUACGUUGUAUGCUCUUCCUUUCAUUUUUAUAGUUCCGACGACGAUUUUGAGGAAAUUGAAUUUGGAAGUGGAAGUGAACCAGAGGUAUAGUAAAAAGUUCGUAGACUUCAGUAAAGCCAAAAAAAAAGUAUAAAAUGAGAAGUAAAUUGCACUGGAAUUCUAAUUUUGUUAUUUGUAAAGUUUUCUGUAAACAGAUGAGGAAGAUCGACAAACGUAUCAGUUAGUGGUGUGAUCUUGAGUUAGAAAUAAACUAUUUUACAUUGAAAUAUAUAGCACUUAGAAGGGAGAAUUUGAAUUCAGAUCUCAGGAGGGAGAACGCCUCCCCAACCAUCCAGUGAAAGGAUAUGUGUUACUCAAGAGGACAACCUAUGCCCCUCUAGGAGUGAGAAUAAUAACAAAGCCGUGCUUUGUUUCCUAAGGUGGAUGACUUUGAGGAAGUAGUUAUACCAUGCUUUAUGGAGCCUAAGAAAAUCAAAGGCAGACCAGCCAAGGGAGACACUCAGCAAAAAAACUCGAACUCAAGAAAGGCAAGAAAGCCUUGUGCGACGGCGAAAGGAACAAAACAACAAGGAACUGUAAACAAACAAAUGGGGAACAGGAACAAAGCCAGUCAAGCGAAAACUAGUAACACGGGCGGAAAGGAUCUGUCAAAGGCGGAGGGUAAACAUGACAAUCUCACAGGGAAAAUUCAAGAAGACAAUGCAGCGAAAAAUGUGAAGCCUUCCUCUGAAAUGUCGGCAAAUACAGAAUCGGCUGAGGAGGGGAGUGGAAUGGAUGAGCAGAGAGCUGAAGUGAGCGCACUUGAAGCACCUCUUUCUGUCACCACAUCACUACAAUCGGAAACUAGCAACGACAGCUUCCGCGGAGAGGAAGGCAGCUCCAACAAUCCCGACUCUUUAAGCCUCGAACAUGAUGUACAAGGCGAGCGGAGAACCUCCGAUAGCGAGGAACAAGAGGAUGAUGGGAAUUCCGACAUAGAGCACGACGGGUACGAAGAGGAUGACGAUGACGACUUUAUGUAUGGUGACGAUAUCGAUGGCGACGUCAUCAAGAGUGACGUAGACGCCGAGGCAAGUGGAUGCGAUAGCGAUGCUGCAAAUGUUGUUUCUGGUGGUGCUGUGGUACCAGCUAAGAAUCUUCAACGUAGUCAAGACGGACAAGUGGUCCUGCUGUGGACAAAGUGAGUAAUUUCUUUUCUUUUUCAGUUUUGUCGUACUGCAUUCUUUGGUUCUUAGACCUUUUAAAUUUUCUUUUGGACUCAAACAAAUUUGAGACUUAGGGGUUUUAGAUUAAAUCGCGCUUGAAUAUUUUUGUCCUCAUCCACUCGGUUGCAAGGAGUGGUUAAAGUCGUAUCAAAUCUUUAAUGUGAUUAAGAGACAGAAAGCAUCUUAUCCCUCCUUUGAAUUAGCAUAAUCUAGUCUCUGAUUCAUGACCAACUGGCUAUCUGAUUUCACCUUACAUUUAGAGAGUGAAAUAUUAGGAAUGACUGAUCUUAUUUUCUUCAACUUUCUUUAGGGAGGAAGACAGAGUGAUAUUACAGACGUGCCAAAAGAUGGGUCCUAAACCUGAAACUUUCGAACGAAUUGCAAAGGGAUUAGAAAAGAAAUCAGCAGAUGAGGUGGGUGUGCGGACUGCUGGCAUUUCUCGUUCACUCUUCAGCCCCUGAGGACUUAAUAUAGGAUAAAACCACGUAUUUUGUUCAAGCAGCGAAAUUUCGCAGAAUUUCUCACUACGUUAGAAGGAAACUCUGCACACGCUGGUUCUACAGACUUGGACUGUAUACUUUCGGUUAACUUGACUUUAUUCUUCACAAUCCAACAUUACACGUUCUGUCUUUCGACCUAACUCAAUCCCAUCUUUUUUGAGUUACAAAAAUGCUAUGUUUUAUUAGCUACGGAUACACACACCCAGAUACGUAAGUCUGGAGUGGUAAGAUAAUUUAAGCUAACUUGACAAAGUUCCAGUUUUGUUUUACACAUUCUUCAAUGAUUCGUGGCCACUAAUUUUCUGUUACAUCGGCUUGCUCGACAAUCAUAGUGUUAAUCUACGCAUGCGGUUUUACUAGCGACUAUUUGAUUAAAUACAUCAUUGUUUAGUUUGUGAAGGCUCGAUCACACGAUGCCAGUUAAUACUUCCUUUGACAUUCCACAAAUCAAUGUUAGCGACAAGAAAUAAUAGCUUACUUAACCAACUACUAAAUAUACUGGAACAGGAAAACUUUCUUAUGAGCACGUGCAAACCUAUCACGACACGAAACAUUUAUCAGGAAAGAAACGAAAUAUUUCCAAGUUAAAUUUGAUUUUCCAGUGACAGUACCCGGUAACUGAUGUCUUCGAAAGUAAUACCGAACCAUUCAAAACAAGAGCACUCAACACGGGCAAUUAAAACAAACAGUUUAAGGCAAUCAACAAUGAAUAACAAAACAUCAAGAGCAAUCCGCAAAAUAUGUAAGAAUUGUAUCCCAGUCCUACGCAGCCGCUCUUAGGCUCGUCACAUAAUUAUUCGUCCCUAUCACGCCUUCGUAGGGAGGAAAAUUGCGUGACGAGCCUGAGAGCCUGUUCGCCUAGGAGGCUACACUACAGCAAAGUUUUCAAGUUACCACGGUAUGAUGACCAUUUUUUUGUACUACUUGCAGGUGAAAAAGCGUUUUAUGGAUCUACUGAAUCUCUUUAAGGCUAGCAGUGGAGAAGGAAAUAGAGAUUCAAUAAACGAAGAUUCUUGUAGUGAGGAGGAAGAAGACGAUGACAGCGAAACUGUCGGUGAAUCAGAAGGAGAACAGCCCCGUGACUAGCGGUGUCACACUUGUAUUUAGUAACGCAAUUGAGGGAGGGAACUCGUCACGCAAUACGAUUUUGUUGAGCUGGCAGCUAUCUUCCUAUGUAAUGUGCAACUGAGAUAAAGCUAGUGAUGGGAACGUAUAGUCCAACGAUUGUAAGUUUGGUGAAUCUGAAAGAAAAUUCAAAAUACUCC